AUGGCCGACGGAGAGGACGCCGCCGCCGCCCGCCGCCGCACGGCCAUAUCCGACUACCGCAAGAAACUGCUCAACUGCAGGGAGCUUGAAUCGCGCGUCGGCACUGAAGUUAUUGUUAAGGCUAGCAGUGGUCCAAGAUAUGUCGUCGGUUGCCGGAGUAAAGUGGACAAGGAAAAGUUAACUUCUGGAACUCGUGUUGUGCUGGACAUGACAACUUUGACAAUCAUGCGCACUCUGCCAAGGGAGGUGGAUCCUGUGGUGUAUAACAUGCUACACGAAGAUCCAGGCAAUGUCAGUUACUCGGCUGUAGGUGGCUUGUCUGAUCAAAUCAGGGAACUCAGGGAAUCAAUUGAGCUGCCUUUAAUGAACCCUGAAUUGUUUCUCAGGGUUGGAAUUAAACCUCCCAAGGGUGUUCUACUCUAUGGCCCACCAGGAACUGGGAAGACAUUAUUAGCGAGGGCUAUUGCCAGUAAUAUUGAUGCUAACUUUUUGAAGAUUGUGUCAAGUGCUAUAAUUGACAAAUAUAUCGGAGAAAGUGCUCGUUUAAUCAGAGAAAUGUUCAGCUAUGCACGCGAUCACCAACCGUGCAUUAUCUUCAUGGAUGAAAUUGAUGCAAUUGGUGGGAGAAGAUUUAGUGAGGGAACCAGUGCCGACCGUGAGAUCCAGCGGACGCUGAUGGAGCUUCUUAAUCAGUUAGAUGGAUUUGAUGAGCUUGGCAAGGUCAAGAUGAUCAUGGCAACAAACCGACCUGACGUUCUUGACCCUGCGCUCCUGCGCCCUGGUCGUCUCGACAGAAAGAUUGAGAUCCCGCUACCAAAUGAGCAAUCAAGAACAGAAGUACUUAAAAUUCAUGCAGCCGGUAUCGCCAAGCAUGGAGAAAUAGAUUAUGAAGCGGUUGUGAAACUGGCUGAAGGAUUCAACGGGGCUGAUCUUCGCAAUGUCUGCACCGAAGCUGGCAUGUCUGCAAUUCGCGCAGAGCGGGACUACGUAGUCCACGAGGACUUCAUGAAGGCCGUCAGGAAGCUGAAUGACGCCAAGAAGCUGGAAUCCAGCGCCCACUACAGCGCAGACUUUGGCAAAGACUAA